AUGGCUGAGCUGGGUAGAUUGCGGUUGUCUGACACUGAUGCUCUGCUACCCACGGGUUUUUGGGCCGCCGUGGCCGUUUGGCUGGAGAGGCCACAGGUGGCCAACAAGCGGCUGUGCGGCGCCCGCACCGAGGCCCGCGGGAGCGCUUCCCUGCCCCGCGCACAGACAGAGAAAGGACCGCAGCGGGGACAGGAACCCGGGUUGGAGGGGCAUGACGCGGGGGAACCCGGACAAGCUUCUCCCGAGGGAGAGCCAGGCUUAGGACCUAGGGCGGGCCGCGAAGGCGACGUCUCCGCGGCUGACCUGGACUCUCUGUGGGACCGAGUCUCCCAAAGCCUUGUCCACGACAAUUCGGAAAUGUUGGCGUUCAUCUCUGGGCCCGCGAUGGGUUCUCAACCUGAAGCCCCUCAGAAGCUCGACCUGGUUCUCAGAACCGUCAUCCCGAAAGCGAGCCCUCGCUGCCCGCUUACAGCACCGAAGAAAGAACUGGUGGUGCAAGAUGUCACCAAUGGGAGUGUCACCUUUUUACCCUUGGAAGAAGAUGAUGAGGGGAAUUUGGAGGUUAAGAUGAGCAAUGUGUAUCAGCUCCGGCUCCAUCACAGUGAAGCAGAAUGGUUCAUAUCUGUUUUAAUUUUCUGUCCAGAGAGGUGGCAUUCAGAUGGCGUUGUCUAUCCCAAACCUGCCUGGCUUAGAGAAGAACUGCUGUCCAAGCUGGCCAGGUGGGCUGUGGAGAACAGGAAGAGUGAAUUUAAAAGCACCCUUUCCCUGGUGUCCAUCCUGCGCUACAGCAGGCUGUACCAGGAGCUCAAAGAGAAGUACAGAGACAUGGUAAAGGUUUGGCCUGAAGUAACAGAUCCUGAAAAGUUUGUCUAUGAAGACGUGGCCAUCGCUACAUACCUGCUGAUCCUAUGGGAAGACGAGAGGGCCGAGAAGGGAGUCACCACCAAGCAGUCCUUUGUGGACUUAGGGUGCGGAAAUGGCCUCCUGGUUCACAUCUUGAGCAGUGAGGGGCAUCCAGGCAGAGGGAUUGAUGUCCGAAGAAGAAAGAUCUGGGACCUGUAUGGACCCCAAACUCAGCUGGAGGAAGGUUCCAUCAUCCCGAGUGACAAGACCCUGUUCCCUGGUGUUGAUUGGCUGAUUGGUAACCAUUCUGAUGAGCUCACUCCCUGGAUCCCUGUCAUUGCAGCCAGGUCUUCCUACACCUGCCGUUUCUUCGUCCUGCCCUGCUGUUUCUUUGACUUUGUGGGGCGAUACCACCGGCGGCAGAGCAGGAAGACACAGUACCGUGAGUACCUGGACUUCGUGCUGGAGGUGGGACUUUCCUGUGGCUUCCACAUGCAGGAAGACUGCCUCAGGAUUCCUUCUACCAAGCGGGUCUGCCUCAUUGGAAAAUCCAGAACAUAUCUGCCUUCUUCAGAGAUCUGGAUGGAUGAGCAGAGGACUCGGUACCUCCAUAGCAGACAGGGUCACUCCCAGUGCCCGCCUGGUGAAGGACAUAUGCCUUCUGCACCCCAGGCAGCUGCCCACGAUAUUGGUCCCCAAGACAGCCACGAGACCUGCGAUGCUGGGGCCGAGUGCAUGCCUGACACCUUGGCUGCCGAGGGAGGAGUAGCCCCAGCCUCAGGGCUCUGGAUGCCUGGGUUCUGCCCCAGAGAAAAGGCCGAGCGUGUGAGGAAUUGCGCUGCCCUCCCUCGAGACUUUAUUGACCAGGUGGUUUUACAAGUAGCAAAUUUGUUGUUAGAUGGAAAGAACUUAACCACGGGGAGCUCUGAGGACGGGAGUCUGAAGACCUGGAAUGAAGGAGGGAGCCUUUCCCUGGCAGAAGUGGCCGCAGAACUGAGCCCGGAGACCCUGCAGCGGCUGAAGCGGGAGUGUGGAGGCCUACAGACCCUGCUCAGGAAUAACCAUCAGGUGUUUGAAGUUCUGAAUGGGCAAGUUCACAUCCGAGACUGGCGGCAAGAGCUGCAGAGGGAGAAGCCUCCAGAAGCCAAGCGGAGCCUGCCUGCGGAGGUGUUCAAGACGCGCAUCUGCUGGUUCUUCACUCACCAUCCUGAUGGCUGUGUGCUGCCUGCUGCCCUUUGCCCCUUUGCCCAUGGGCCUGAAGAGCUGCGCCUGUCCCAAACCUCAAAGAAGCAGAAGCAGGCUCCCUGAGUCACUUCCUCAGUGGUCUCCAGCUGAUGGCUCUGUGGGUCUCCUACCUGUCUCCCCUGUCCUGAUGACACCCUUUUGGGGUGAAUUGACUUCGGUGUGACUGUCUGUGCAUAGCCACUGUCAGUCACUGGCACACAUCUCCAGGCCGUGUCAGCUUCUACAAACAUGACCUUCUCAUUCUUAGGGCUGUGUGCCCAGGUUCCUCUGCCUGUGAGCUUGCUGCAGGGUGGUCACAGGCUCCUACAAGCAGAGGCACAAGACUUUUCUGUGAGGCCGUUAUCAGAGUCCUAGAGAGCAGCUUCCAGAGUCACAUCCUGCCACCCUUGUUCCGAGGCAUAACUCAGUUGAACACUGCCUCAUCCUUACCCUUCUCUUCGGCACCCUGUCCCCAGAAGUGUUUUACAGUUUUUCCUUUCAGAAAAAAAUUAUUUCCAUUUAAAUUUAUUUUUGGUCUUACACAAAAAGUGGUACUUACUGCAUCUCUGCUGAGUGUCCUGGGGACCAACCUCUGAAACUUGAUAUAGAAGUGUCCCGGUGUCAUCCGAGCCAAGUGAAUGGCGUUGUUCAAUCUCAGAGCUGAGGGCCCUGCAGCAUCCUGGAGCAGGGCGGCCACCGUGGGGUCUUGGUCCCAGCUGAUGAGAGCCCACAGAAUUUGCUCCCACCUUUCUUUGCCAGUUUGGCAAUCACAACUCCAGAGCAGUGGUAGUGAUCUGCACCCAGGCAAUGUCGCCACCUCUGUCUUGGAUGGGCUAGGCUGUAUGUCCUCAGGAACCAGGACUCACAUUGGGAUGGGGGGCAGCCUCUGUUCUCAUUGGCCCUGCCUGUAAUUGCCUUUUCUCUCAGGUCCAUAGGGGCCCAGAAUCUGCAGGGCCCUCUCCCACCUGACCCUGCAGGUACCUGAAGAUCUAACCUUGGUCCUCUAGUGUGUAGUGGCCAGGCUCCCAUGGGCAGGGAGCUUGGCCUCCCUGAGAUUUUCCUGGGUUCCAUGUUAAGGCAGCAAGACUGAGGGGUGGGACAGCGUCUUACGUUUCCACUUUUUCUAGUUCUCAAAAUCCCAUGAUGAAGCCUGUCUUCUGGGAGAAGACUGCAGAAGCUCAUUCAGAAUGAGCUGUGGGCUCACUCCCAUGACUGUUUAGUGAAGACCGCUUCCGGAAGCCCCUGCAUGGGAAGAAUGUGAGCAGGGUUAGGGACGUGUGCAUGGGGGAGGAGAACCGUGUCUGUCUCUCUACAGCCCUGCUGCAUUGGGCUUUCUGUUAAACCCAUAUUCUACCAGGUCAGUGAUAGGACCAGAGGCGCAAGUGAGCUCAGAGAUGAAGAAAUGCCCAAAGU